UUUUACGAUAGAGGAGCGCUCGGCGGCUGGCGGGGCCUAGCCGUGACCGAAGGCGCUCUUGAGUGGUUGUCCUCCCUUUCUUUUACCGCCAUGGAGAUGCCGCCCCCGCCACUGCUGCCCCCGCCCGAAGAUCAAGAACUACGCAAUGUCAUUGACAAACUGGCCCAGUUUGUGGCACGGAAUGGCCCUGAGUUUGAAAAGAUGACAAUGGAGAAGCAAAAGGAAAAUCCUAAAUUCUCAUUUCUGUUUGGAGGAGAUUUCUAUGGCUAUUACAAAUAUAAGCUGGCUCUGGAGCAGCAACAGUUAUUGUGCAAGCAAGGUCAAGAUAUUGAGGCUGCCCCACCGAUUCAGCCAAUUCCCCAGCCACCUUUGGCUCCUGCCGCCCCGAUCGCCACUCCUCAGGGGACUCCUUCAAUGGAGGAAUUAAUCCAGCAAAGUCAAUGGAAUCUGCAGCAGCAGGAGCAGCACCUCCUUGCCCUGCGACAGGAGCAAAUCACCUCUGCAAUAGCUGUGGGUAUUGAGCAACAAAUGCAGAAAGUCUUGGAGGAAACCCAACUGGACAUGAAUGAGUUUGAUAACUUGCUACAACCAAUCAUUGACACGUGCACCAAAGAUGCUAUCUCCGCUGGAAAGAACUGGAUGUUCAGUAAUGCCAAAUCUCCCCAGCAUUGUGAACUAAUGGCUGAGCAUCUGCGCAAUCAGAUCACUGCCGAGGGGGCGCAUUUUGAGCUGCGACUACAUUUAAUCUAUCUGAUUAACGACGUCCUCCACCAUUGCCAGCGGAAGCAACAACGUGAUCUCCUGGCAGCCCUGCAAAAAGUGGUGGUGCCCAUUUACUGCACUAGCUUCCUGGCUGUGGAGGAGGACAAACAACAGAAGAUUGCCAGGCUCCUUCAGCUGUGGGAGAAAAAUGGCUACUUUGAUGAAUCGAUUAUCCAGCAGCUCCAGAGUCCAGCCCUUGGACUCGGGCAGUAUCAGGCUACUCUGAUCACAGAAUAUGCCAAUGUUGUGCAGCCAAUUCAGGUUGCAUUUCAGCAGCAGAUUCAGAAUUUGAAAACUCAGCAUGAGGAGUUUGUCAGCAGCCUCACACAACAGCAACAGCAGCCGCCGCCACAGAUGCAAAUCCCCCCACUGGAAAGUGAGGUGAAACCAGCUCCUCCAGCCUUAGCCCCUCCUCCAGCUACUUCCAUUACGCAAGCAGAUGAAGGAAAGGCUCAGCUGCCCCUUGCAGGCUCCACAGAAUACGAAGCCACCGGAGCUGGGCCUCCUGAUCCUGCUGCAGCUGGACCUCGUGGACCUGGGCCUCAUGAUCACAUUCCUCCUAAUAAGCCGCCCUGGUUUGAUCAGCCGCAUCCUGUCACACCUUGGGGCCAACAGCAGCCCCCCGAUCAACCUCCAUUCCCACACCACCAGGGUCCUCCCCACUGUCCUCCAUGGAACAGUAACCACGAGGGGAUGUGGAACGAACAGAGGGAGCCUGGCUGGAACAAUCAGCGUGAAGCUCCCUGGAACAACCAGCCAGACCCAUCCUGGAAUAAUCAGUUUGAAGCCCCCUGGAACAACCAGCAUGAGCAGCCGCCAUGGGCCGGGGGCCAGAGAGAACCCCCUUUCCGUAUGCAGCGCCCACCUCACUUUAGAGGGCCUUUCCCCCCUCACCAACAGCACCCUCAGUUCAAUCAGCCUCCUCAUCCACAUAACUUCAACCGCUUCCCACCUCGCUUCAUGCAGGAUGACUUCCCCCCGCGGCAUCCCUUCGAACGGCCUCCAUAUCCCCAUCGCUUUGACUAUCCUCAGGGGGAUUUCCCUCAAGAAAUUGGACCGCCUCACCACCACCCUGGGCACCGCAUGCCACAUCCUGGAAUAAGUGAACACCCUCCGUGGGGUGGGCCACAGCAUCCUGACUUUGGACCUCCUCCCCAUGGCUUCAAUGGACAGCCACCUCACAUGCGCAGGCAGGGGCCACCUCACGUUAAUCACGAUGACCCCAGCCUGGUGCCAAACGUCCCUUACUUCGAUCUUCCUGCUGGACUCAUGGCUCCUCUUGUCAAACUGGAAGAUCACGAAUACAAGCCUUUGGAUCCCAAGGACAUCCGCCUGCCCCCUCCGAUGCCUCCCAGUGAGAGAUUACUGGCUGCAGUUGAAGCCUUUUAUAGUCCCCCAUCCCACGAUAGGCCAAGAAACAGUGAGGGCUGGGAGCAGAAUGGACUGUACGAGUUCUUUAGAGCAAAGAUGCGAGCCCGGCGCCGCAAAGGACAAGAGAAAAGAAACAGUGGCCCCUCACAAUCCCGCAGCAGGUCUAAAAGCAGAGGACGGUCUUCUUCCCGCUCCAAUUCAAGAUCUUCAAAAUCUUCUGGCUCAUAUUCAAGGUCUCGAUCUCGAUCCUGUUCCAGAUCAAGGUCCUACUCUCGGUCUCAGUCCAGGAGUAGGAGCAGAUCCCGCUCUUCACGAAGUCGCUCCCGCUCCAGGUCCCGAUCAAAAUCCUACUCCCCUAGUAGGCGGCGCCGGUCUCGAUCUCGCAGUCAGACACCUCCCUCUGCAGCUGGAUUGGGCUCCAGCUCAGGACCUCCCAUACCAGAAUCCAGACUUGGAGAGGAGAAUAAAGGACAUCAGAUGCUGGUGAAAAUGGGAUGGAGUGGAUCUGGGGGCUUGGGUGCCAAGGAACAAGGGAUCCAGGACCCUAUUAAAGGAGGGGAUAUCAGAGACAAAUGGGAUCAGUAUAAGGGUGUGGGAGUAUCCCUAGAUGAUCCCUAUGAGAAUUAUCGCAGGAACAAAAGCUAUUCCUUUAUUGCUCGUAUGAAGGCCAGAGAUGAAAGCUAAUGGUGUUUCAAGUGGAGGAAGCCAGAUAGCUACCAAGUACUGGGCAAAUGAAUCAAGAAUCUACUGUACAUUCUAAAUCCCCAAGAUACCCCUCUGCAGCCAUCACAGCUCCAUCCAGAACAGAGGGCUUAACCACUCAAUAGUUCCUUCUAGAUGUUUAAGGAUUUGUAACAAGAAAAAAAAAAUAUUUAGGCCUUUUAUAUUUUUGUAUAUAUCCUUUUAAGAAUUAAGAGGAGUGCUGUAGACUGACUCAUCUGUAGCACCAUCACAUUUCCUUGUUUCAAAAUACGAAGCAUUCCUAGAAGCCCUGUCUGAAAACAUCUUUUGUAACUGUGGGUGCCCAUAGACCAGCAGUUCUAAGUGAUCCAAGGCUUGCCCUGAGCGAACUGAAAGAACCAUUUUCCUCCCUGUCUAAUAGAAUUGUUCUUUCAGAGCCAUCCAUUUUGACAUAAGGUAGCAACUGUUGUAGACUGACUUACUGUAGCUGUGAAAUUUAUUCAUAUUUCAACUCCCUUCUGUCAUGAGUCAGCUACCAUCUUGUAUUUACUGUUGCCUUCCAAUAAAAACUUUUUUCUAUAUAA